AAGUUUUCGUUUUGUUUUGUAAAAUUGCAAGUUUUAAUACUAGUAAUAGGUUUAUCAGAUGUAUAAUAUUGAAAUUACUGAAAUGUUUUGAUAGUUCGUCUUUGCAAGAUGUUUUACCAUUGUUAUUGUUAAGACUAUUUCAAAGUGAAACCAGCCAGGUUGACUUCUUAAGAUGUCAGGAAUAGCUGCUGCUCGUUUAGCUGAGGAAAGAAAAGCAUGGAGGAAAGACCACCCUUUUGGAUUUGUUGCAAGACCAACUAAAAAUUCAGAUGGAACACUCAAUUUAAUGAACUGGGAAUGUGGAAUACCUGGAAAGAAAGGGACACCAUGGGAAGGAGGGUUAUAUAAAGUUAGGAUGAUUUUCAAAGAUGAUUACCCUUCUACACCACCUAAAUGUAAGUUUGAACCUCCACUCUUCCAUCCCAAUGUUUAUCCCUCUGGCACAGUCUGUUUAUCAUUGCUUGAUGAAGAGAAGGACUGGAGACCAGCUAUUACAAUAAAACAAAUUUUAUUAGGAAUUCAGGAUCUGCUGAAUGAACCAAACAUAAAAGAUCCAGCUCAAGCAGAAGCUUACACUAUUUAUUGCCAGAACAAGCUUGAGUAUGAAAAGCGAGUUCGAGCACAAGCCAAAGUAAUGACCCCUCAAGAAUAGUAAACAAGUGUCAAGCCAGUGUACCUGUCUGAUGAAAAUAUCAUUUGUUACCUUUUCAAAUGAAUAUUUAUUCUUUGUGUUUAUUGUAGGUUCUUGCAACAAAACAGUUGCCUGCCACUAUUUCUCGAGGAUAAUGUACACCUCUUCAUUCUGUUUGUACCCUUGUAUUUUCCUGUUUAGCACUUUAAUACAUGUAGUUUUAGUUAAAACAUCCAUAUGGGAUGUUAUAAACAUUAGUUUACAGUUAUACAAACACCUCUGUAGAACCCUAUAAACACUGACAUAACUUCACAACUCCAGUGUAGGAACUGACAAAUUUCAUUGUAGUAGUUUUUAAAUGCUAUAUUAUACCUUAAAAAUAAUAUAUUUUUAUUGAAACAAGUUAGUUACAACAAUUUAAUUAGGUAAGUUUAUUACAGGAUAAUACAAUCAAUUAAAUUCUUUGCAGUUAUCUCUGUAAAUAAUAUAAAUAGUAUUUGUUGUUUUUACUUAAAAAAUGAGUUAAAGCAGUUACAUUAAGAUGGUUGUAAAAAUAAUCUGUUAUAGUCUGGUUUUUGAAAGUGGUAGUGACAACUUAGAUUGAAACUAUUUCAUUAAUAAAUUAGUUAUACAUGACAUUACAGAAACUGCAUUUUUUUUAUGUGCUUCUCAUAGUUUAGCAACAGAAGCAUUUCAUUGAUUAAAAAAAAAAUAGUUACAUUUUUAAUACUUAUUGUUUUCAAUACACUGCUACACCAGAAUAUAAGUUAUUUUUUUGUUUGCUGUAGGUUCUCAGAUGGGAUAAGCUUUGUUUAAUGCUAGACAUCUUUUCUGAAAAAAUAAAGUAGUUUGUUACUGUGGUAAAUAUUAACAUAUACUUUGUCAACCUGUUAAUUUGAUUUAUUUUAAUACAAACUAUUUCUUAAAAAAAAACUUUCAUUUAUGUAUUUUUUAAAUUUCUUUAAUCUUAUAAAUAUUUGGUGCAAAUUUUUUACAAUAGAAGACAAAUUGACGCUGUUUUUGAAUAAUUUUGUCACAAAACUUCAGAAAGUUUGUAAUUUUUUAAUAAUACUAUGUGUACUGUUAAGAAACUUUAAGCUUUCUAAUAAUUGAGUCAGAUUGAUUUAAAAUGUUAGUUUCCAGAUAUUUCAAAAAAUGUACAUGCUCAGACUGUUUUAACAUUUUAUAAUAAUAGUGUCUUAAAGUGUUAUUUUUGUAAAUUCCACAAAGUUGAUUUACACUGUCUCAUGAUAAAGAACCUGAAAUUGAUCUUGGCUGUAAAAAGUUUGAACUACUAGAUUUAGUCAAAAAUCACUCAAUAUUAAGAAUCUAACUUAUUCCUAAGAGAUGCGAAAAUAACUUUCUUGUGAAA